AUGGAGUACGAUGUCGCUCGUCGGCGAACAUCUUGCGACGACGGACGGACGUCGGCCGUGUCGCAUCGCGUCGCAGAAACGCCCUCGCGGCAUACGACAUAUCCGCCGAAUGCAUCGAAGGUCCUGUCGUCGCCGAGCCGACCUGCAGCUGCAGAUCAGGCUGCCGGAUACAGGCGGCAGUCUGACCGCGGCGAGCGCCGGCCGACGAACGGCUCCAAGCGGCCGAUGCCCAACAGCGCUAACCGGAAGGCAAAAGAGCAAACUGGUGCAACUGCUUCGGUUAUCUAUGUGCCUCCCCCUGGUGCAGCUGCAGCCAUCUUGGAAGCAAUUGAUGCCGAGAUUUCACUGGUUGUCUGUAUAACUGAGGGAAUACCACAACAUGACAUGGUUCGUGUGAAACACAAACUUCUUCGCCAGUCAAAGACGAGGCUUAUUGGUCCCAACUGUCCAGGAAUUAUUAGGCCCGGACAGUGUAAGAUCGGCAUCAUGCCUGGACACAUUCACCGGCCCGGUAGGAUCGGCAUCGUGUCGCGAUCCGGCACGCUCACCUACGAGGCUGUGCAUCAGACGACGCAGUGCGACCUCGGACAAACCUUGUGCGUCGGCAUCGGCGGCGACCCUUUCAACGGCACCAACUUUGUGGACUGCCUGGAGGUGUUUAUGAACGAUCCGGAGACAGAAGGUAUUGUAAUGAUCGGUGAGAUAGGCGGUGCGGCCGAGGAAAGAGCAGCAGAUUUUCUAAAGAAACACAAUACUGGUGAAAAUGCAAAGCCUGUCGUGUCGUUCAUUGCUGGUGUGACAGCGCCCCCUGGCAGGAGGAUGGGUCAUGCUGGAGCGAUCAUUGCUGGUGGCAAGGGUGGUGCUAAGGAGAAGAUUCAGGCACUACAGGAUGCUGGUGUCGUCGUCACCUCAUCCCCAGCUCAGAUGGGCUCUGCUAUGAAAGAGGAAAUGCAGAAAAGAGGAAUUGCAUGAUCCUGCUGCCACCUAGUAAUUUAAUCAGCAGUUUCAGUUCCUGAUUAAAGAGGUACUCACUUUCUCACAUGAUUAAACCACACAAAGGCAAUGUUUUGCUACAAAGUUUUUAUCUUAAAAUAACCCGGUGUCGAUUACACACACUUUCACCUAUUGAACUUCAAGGACCGUUUCUCAUUGAUGGAAUUUGUCAGUUGUUAGAGCAAAAAUAAUACAAGCAAUGUGUGCAGCUAAAGAGAGCUAAUGUUUUGCAAGACAGUAUUAGGUUAGUAUUGUAAAAUAUUAGCGAUUUAUUUGUCCUGCUUGCAAUUAUUUCGUUUUUGGGAGUUAAGUACAUGCACAAAUGGUAAUAACCACAUUUAAUGUUGUUCAGUGGCUCUACAAAGUGUUGAUUGUCCUGGACAUGUUAUACGUCAGUGAUUCAUGUCGUUAGAUGCGUAAUAUCCUUCACCGUAUAGUACUCUCAUGUGCAUAUGCACUCAUUCAUCCUACGUGCAUACGGUUUAAUAAUAUUUAUAUGCAAGCAGGCAAGUUAUUUUGGUGUUCACGUUUUUUUGCUCUCACAUCUUGACAAUACUCGUGUUUGCCCCCCCUCCCCCAUGUUGACACUUUCUGGUUGCCUAUUUUCUCACACUAGGUCCUGGAAAGUAUGUUAUAAUUUAAGGGAAAUGUCACGUAUGGUUUGGAUGACAUUAUCCUCAGUGUUAAAUUUGCUAUAGGGCUUGUAAUUAAAUAUAUUUACGGUCAUUAUAAAAAAAAUAUAGUAACGCUGAUGUUUUUCUUUUGUCAUGGAGUUGAAUUAAUUAUGCAAGAAAGGUGAGCUAGUUUGGUUGCAAGUACUCAAAAUUUAUUAAACUGCCACAUGCGUGAUGACACUGCAA